ACUAGCCGUUGUCAAAUAUUUUUUUUUUUUUCCGACAAAACCCUCAUCUUUAUUUUCUCUACCCUCUUACGACAUUCAUCGCCAUCGCCUUUUCUCGAUCUUUUUCUUUUUAUCAAUUUGGUUUUCCAUUCCAACAAUCCCCCAAAAUUCUCUUCUCUGAUUUUGAUUUUUGUUUCCGCAAAUUAUUAUUUUUUUUCUAUCGUACCAAACAGAGUUCGAUUGAAAGGAAAAUUUCUUGAGUUUAAACCCGAUUUGGCGAAUAUAUGGCUUCAAGAACAGUAGCCAAAGACAUAAUUACUCUCCGCGGUUCUGCAGCAAUCGUCAGCGAGUUCUUCGGGUACGCAGCAAACAGUAUUCUCUACAAUCGAGGAGUAUAUCCUGAAGAGAGCUUUGUUAAAGUGAAGAAAUAUGGGCUUCCAAUGUUGCUUACCCAAGAUGAGGGUGUCAAAUCCUUCCUUGCCAACCUAAAUGCACAGCUUUCAGAAUGGCUUGAAGCUGGCAAGUUACAGAGGGUUGUUCUAGUAAUAAUGAGUAAGGCUACUAAUGAAGUCCUGGAGAGGUGGAACUUCAGCAUUGAGACUGACGGUGAAGUUGUUGAAAAAGGUGCGUCAAGGGAAAAGAGUGACAAGGAAAUAAUGAGAGAGAUCCAAGCAAUCAUGAGGCAGAUUGCUUCAAGCAUUACUUAUUUGCCAUGCCUUGAUGGAUCCUGUGUGUUUGAUGUUCUAGCAUACACUGAUAAAGAUGUUGCAGUGCCAUUCACUUGGAUUGAAAGUGAUCCAAAACUGAUUGCCAAUCCCCAAAUGGUGAAAUUGCACUCUUUUGAUACCAAGAUUCACAAGGUUGACACUCUGGUAUCAUACAAGAAUGAUGAAUGGGACGAGCAGUAGGAUAACAACCUUUCUUGUUUCCUUCUUUGGCUAUAAGUGAAUGAAUAUUGUGAAUCUUUCACUCACAUUUGGUUAGAUCAGUAGGAAAGAGAAUGAUUAUGGUACUGAAUUGCGUGGCUUUUAACUUGGAAAAUGAAUAGUUUUUUCAAUCCUUUCUUGUUUCCUUCUGCUUAGCUUGUAAUGUAAUCUGAAUAUCUCUGAGGUUCUUUGUGGUAUGUGAAAUCCACAAUAUUUCUUCAGUCUUUGCUUGGAUAAAUAUUUUCUUAUGUAAUGUGCCAUGUCUCAUAUAACCAAACACCGUCGCUAUAAUAGUUAAUCCAAACGGUGUGGAUAAAAUAAUUGUCAAUUGCGCAUCUCCCACUUGUGAAUAAUUAAGAAUUUGAUUAGUUUUCUUA